UAAUGGACGUCCGAAAAAUGGUGUAUAAAGGUGAAAUCACACGAAGGCAUUGAAAAGUGACGUUUAUGAAAACGAGGUUUAAUAUCUUUGUCCACAAAUUUUUUUUACAAAUGGCGACCGCACUAGGAACUGUCGGCUGGGAAGAUCUUCGUAAACAAGCACGACAUGUGGAAAAUGAAAUUGAUGCAAAAUUGGUAGCUUUUAGUAAAUUAGGAGUAAAUACAGCGUCAAGUCAUGCAAGUAGUGAUACAGUUCCAUUAUUGGAUGAAGAACAUGUUUUUGAAAAUAUGUCAACAGAGAUUGAAAAUCUUUUGUCCAAGUUGAAGUCAUUAAAUGACAGAAUGAGUGAAAUUCAACCAAAUGGAGCCGCAAUGUUACAUACAAUGCAAAGACACAGGGAUAUUUUAAAAGAUUAUAAAUUGGAAUUCAAUAAAAUACGAAAUAAUUUUGUGGCAAGAAAAGAUCGCGAAGAUCUUUUGGGUGAUAUACACAAAGAAAUUGACAAUUACAAAUCUGGUGGAUUGAAUCGCAGAGAUAUGUAUCUUAAAGAAAGUCAACAUUUGCACAAUUCCGAUCGAAUGAUAAACGAUCAGAUCAGUAUUGCAAUUGAAACACGGGAUAAUUUAAUGUCCCAACGUCAUACAUUUAAACGAUUUCAAACAAGAUUCAAUGAUAUUUCUAAUCGUUUCCCAGCAGUGAGCAGUUUAAUACAAAGGAUACAUUUACGUAAACGAAGGGAUUCUGUGAUUCUUGGUCUUGUUAUUGGAUUUUGCACAUUUUUAAUGCUUCUUUAUGCUUUCCAUUAAGAAAACAAAAAAAAAAAUGAACGAAAACAAAAGCUCUUCCCUAUUUUCAACCAAAGUGAAAUAAAUUUUUAAUUAUCGGGCUAUGGAUUCUAUACUUGUUCUUUCGAGUUAAAAGUUCAUUCUUCAUGACCUAGAUGUAUGAAUUUUUUUUAAAUGUACACGAGAAGAAAGAAAUUUAUAUAUAUAUAUAGAAAAAAAAACUAGUGGGAAUGAUGCAAGACUGCAAAAAAAAAAAAAAAAAAAAAAAUGAAUUGUACAGAUUUUUUACUCUCUGUAGAUAGAAUGUGGAACGUCUUUAAUAAUCCACGAUUGUUGACUAAUUAAAAAAAUAAAUUAUAACACAUCUAUGAAA